CACAGCCGACAACGCCAUCUUCAACUGAGCAGACUGGGAGGACAACACCGACAGAAACCACGCUAGGAACGACCGGUAGCAGCACCAUGAUGCCUUCAACGCGAGGUACAACAGACGAGGGAAGCACGGUACCAUCCAGUACUACCACGGCAUCAACGGACACAACUCAAACCAUAGGUACUGCUACAGCAGCCACACAGCGCCACACAGCGACUUCAGAAAUAACUACAACGGAAGAGACCAGUGGAACGCAGACAAGUGUCGUCACUUUUGAAAUGACCACCACGGAAGAAACUACACGUCGACAAUCUACAACAGAACAGUCGAGUAAAGGUCCUACUGACAUGACUACAAUACCAAAGACCGACACCACAAAUACUGAUCAAACUACUGCGGUAACCAUUGGCACAUCGUCGACUAUGAAUACACCAGAAGAAACAACGAUGACUACUAUGCCAAAGACCGGUACCACAAAUACUGAUCGAACUACUGCGGUAACCAUUGGCACACCGUCGACUAUGAAUACUCCAGAAGAAACAACGUUGACUACGCGAGCAAGUACUGGGACAACCUUGGGUACAACAGAAAGACGAAGUUCUACUACAGAAAGGAGGACUGGAGAAACAACAGUUACUGCGGCACCUGGUACCACAGAAAUCAUCACCAUGGAAGUCGAAACAACUGGAAACUUCGGAAGCACAAGGGAAACAACUACGUCGCAGACCUCCACUGAGACAACUACAGAAGCUACAACAAGACAAGGUGCGGCCGAGACAACGACUUUAUUACCGGGUACAACCACCCAAUCUGGUACAACAAGGAAAACUACAACGAUGGAAACAACAGUGGUUCUUACUACAUCGCUUGACCUAGGUACUGUGGACGAAACCUCAACGCCACCAGCUACUACACUCAACACAGAGGAAACUACUAUCAACACAGCAACUGGUAGGACUGGUACAAAGAAAACCACCAUGGUACCUACAGCGACAGACAUGAAAAGUUCGACAGGGGAAACCACUGCAGCGACAAUUGCAAACGAAGCCACUGGUACCGCAGAUGAAACAACAGUAUCUACAGCUACAUCAUCGACGCGUCGUACAACGGGUGGAACCACGAUACCUCCAACAACGUACGGAGGUACCGCGGUACAGAGUACCACAGAAAGGCGCGGGACUACGGAAAGCACUACGGCAGCUCCAUCAACGUCUGCAGAACUCGGUACCUCAGAGGAAACAACAUUGCUGCAGGUGACAACGGUAAUCGCUGAAGAAACGACUGAGGGUGAGACAGACACUACGGAAAAGACCACAGUUGUACCACCAUCUACCUCCAUGGGGAGGUCUUCGACGGUGCAAACGACAAUGCCCACUACUGUUACAUCGUUUGGCAGCAUGGCAACGAGUGCUGGGAGAGAUACUACAACCGGAAGCACAGGAGAGACCACAAUGCCAACAAUUACUACCACUGGACACAGGGGAACAUUGGAGAUCACCACAGCACUGACCACAAGUAAGACAGAACAGACCACCGUCCGCACUGGUACAGAACAAACUACGCUUCUGUCAUCUAGUACUGAAGACAGUAGGGGUACUGAUAAAACCACCACCAUGAAAACUACACCCGCAGGGCAGGGAAGCACGGAGAAUACCGACAUGCCGUCGACAUCGACAGAGGAGCCGGGCACUACGGAAGACACCACGAUACUGCAAUUUACAACCGAAACUGGUGUAACAGGCAGUACGGUGUUUUCUCCUACAACUACAAGCCAGAGAAGUACCGCGACUGAUAGCACAGCGCCUCCAACUACCACGGUAGAGACCACGCUACCACAAACCACCAUGGAAUCGACUAAGAGGGGCAGUACAAAAGAAACCACGGUGCCUCCCAGCACCGCAUCUGAACGCGACACUACAGAGGAAACGACGAUAAUUGUAAGUACUUCUGAUGACGUGGAUAGUACAGAAGAAACCACGCCACUUGCAACGGGAACUACUCGUGGUGGAGAUGUCACAGAAUCUACUAUGGCCCCUUCAACCUCUGCGACCGAGCGCGCUUCCACAACAGAAACAACGAUCCUGCCAACUACGAGAGCAGAGGGCAGUUCCACGAAGGAAACGACGAUAGCAACGCCUUCAUCUGAACCACAGGACACUUCGAUGUUCACAACUGAAUUCGAUACCACGGAUGAAAUCUCGACGCCACCGACUGCUGCAACCCAACAAGCUACCACGGGUAAAACUACACUGACUUCAACAACGGAGCGAGGUACCACGGAGGAAACACCAAUGCCAGCGACAGUUACAACGAGGCUAGGUACCACGGACGAAACAUCAAUGCCAGCGACAGUAACAACGAGGCUAGGUACCACGAAAGAAACACCAAUGUCAGCAACAGUAACAACGAAGCUAGGUACCACGGUAGACACUAUAGAGCUUCUAACCUCUACAACCGAUUUAGGUACCACGGACGAGACGCCAAUGCCACCAACCUCUACAACAGAUCUAGGUACCACGGAGAAGACGCCACUGCCACCAACGUCUACAACAGAUCUAGGUACCACCGAAGAAACACCCAUGCCUACAACGUCUACAACCGAGAGAGGGACUACGGUAGAGACACCGGCCCCUGUGACUUCCACAGUUGAGCUUGAUACUACUGAGGAGACACCAAUGCCUCCAACCUCUACAGUUGAGCUAGAUACCACGGAUGAGACAGCAACGCCUAUAAUUUCAACAGUGGAGCUGGGUACUACCGUAGAGACCUCGGUACCUCCAACGUCUACAACCAAGCUAGGUACCACGGUAAAAACACCAAUGCCUGCGACAGUUACAGCGGAUGUAGGUACCACGGUAGAGACAUUGAUGCCUCCGACCUCUACAGUUGGGCUGGGUACCACGGUGGAAACCCCAGUUUCUUCAACGUCUACCACCGAAUUAGGUACUACGGACGAUACUCCGAUGCCCCUAACUUAUACUAUUGAACUAGGUACUACAAACGCCACAGCAGCACCUCCGACGUCUACAGCCAAGCUGGGUACCACGGUAGAUACCUCGAUGCCAGCAACUCUCGUCACGACAGAUGUGGUUGUAACAGGUGAAACAACAUUAACACCGGUACCAACAUCAACUACCACAACAGAGCAGGGUACCACGAAGAAAACCACGGUACUCCAAACCUCCACAAGGGGGUUCGGUACCUCGGGAGAAACCACGACUGCUGUGACUGUGAAAGGCAGCACUGGGAGUACCACAUCCCAGACCAGUGUACCUACACGUGGUACCACAGAGACGUCAACGUUCGCACCUACCACCACAACACCAGAGCAAGGUACGAUGACAGACGGCGCAACACAGUCAACCUUCGCAGCCUCUCAGGCAAGCUUCACAGACGAAUCAACCAUUCUUUUUACUGAAACUGAAACGUCAGAAACAACUACGGCUUACACGGAUACCACGGAUAUUAGUACGACGUCAAAAGUAAGUACCACUAGGACCGAUACCACAAAAGGGACCACAACUCUGUCUACUGUCACAGCAGAACGUGGUACUGGCGUGCAAACAACAGAGGUCGUGGUGACGGUUGAAACUGGUACUGCGGACGACGCUACGUCUCAGGAAGCGACCACAACAGCUACUGGUAUCACAGGCCAAUCUACGCGUAGCCCUAUCACAGGUACCGACACUACUACAGGGUUAACUACCACGGGAAAAAGUACGACGGAGACCACGCUCUCAUUGUCAACAUCAGGGACAAGUUCAUUGUCAAAAGGCAGUACGACUGCGCCGAGUUCAUCCAAGGAAACUACGCUUUCAACUCAGUCUAGUGCAACAGAAUCCACUACACCACCUUCAACCGGAACAGAUCUUGGUACUGCUACCGAGGACACUACCAUCUUCAGAAGUACUGGUACCGCGGCCAAACCUACAGGUACACAGACGGUGGUGACUAGUACUGCCGUUACUAUACCAACUACAUCAGGGGAAGCCUCGAGCAAAGGAACGGCAAAUACUCCGUCAACAUCCACUAUAACACCAGCCACUGAUACUUCCGUGGCGACAGGCCAGAGUACUGAAACGACAUCCACAGGAGCGCCAUCUACCGGAGCAACAGGAAGCACAGGGAUUAGGACUUCAGCUAGAACAGAUGUUACGAGCAGGACAGAUGUAACGGCACGGACGGAGAGUACCGUAACUACAGGACCUGACACCACGAUUUCAACUACUUCAGCGUCACAGUUGGGAAGUACACAGCAAACCGCAGCGCCAUCUACCGGAGCAACUGGCCCUGCAACUGAUGCCACAACCUACACUUCGUCCAUCGGUACAAAAACUGAUAAAACUGCAUCAACCGAGAAACUGUCAACAGAGGAAACCACUACAACGGCACCGACUACGGCAUUCUCCCAGAGCACCGGUGAAACAGUCACCCCAAGCGGGGAGCGAAGCACGGAGUUUCCUUCUAAUAUCUUCACGCCCACUACCCGGAUCACAACACCAGAGGCUACGAAUACCAAGACAACGCAGCAGACCACUAUGCGUACCACCAAUACACGAACAGGUCUAACAGAUCUUCCGUCUACGUCAGUUUCGAGAAUACCUACGACCAAAACAACAGCAGAGACAAGCUUUCCUGGUACUUCAACCUCUCAGACUGACAUGACCACAAGUCUAGAACCACAAGAAACCAGUACAGCUUUAACUACAAACACAAAACGUUCUGUCGGAACAAGCACUACCAUCCAAACAGACAGAGCGACCUCUAGUUUUACAUCAUCGACAGGUAGCACUUCAUCAAACCCUCCAUCGACAUCAAGGGAAGAAACGCCAUCAACAACAGUAACUGUUAAACCGAGAUCAACGACGAUUGUCUUAUCUAGUAGUAGCAGGGCGCAUACAACAGCAUCAGUUCUAACAACUUCCGCAAGAGAGCGAACAUCCCGACCUACCACAGCUUCUCGCAUCUCCACUUCCACUAAUCAAAUCACAACAACCAGAGGACGAUCAACAACAAGUUUAAGCAGUAGUGUGAGGAGCACAACACUAAAACCGACAACUACAGUCCUCAGAAGAACAACAAACAAACCGACCACGACUGUCGCUGCCACAACGGGCACCGUGCAGAGCAGUACUUCGGUAGCACCGGUGUACAACACCACGGCACAGCCUGUAACCGCCUUCCCUUCCUGCACGGUUACCUGCAGCAUAUACGCCACCUGCGUCCAGAGGAGCUCUCAGGUGUUCCAGUGCGUCUGUAACGACGGCUACGUGGGGAACGGCCGUACCUGUACACUAGUGUCCACACCUUAUCACUUUGAAGUGCGCAUGGUCAAAGUAAACUUCACAGAAGACCUCAACAACAGAGAUUCCUUAGCGUUCAGGUCCCUGGCCUACAGGGUCACCACGGUGAUUUACACCUACCUGAAACAGAGCACCCUCGCUGACGUCAUCCUGGGCGUGACCAUCACGAGGUUCCGUCCCGGCAGCGUCAUCGCCGACUACAACGUCAACGUCAACUCCAGCGCCGCUGAUGACGUCAACGGCACCGACAUCGCCACGGCCCUGCGGACAGCCAUCAGGAACGACUCCACUAACAACGACAGUCUGGGGAUAGAACGGGCGUCACUGUGUCAAAAAGAGUCCGAAGACCAGAUUUGCGGACAGGUGGACUACGAACUCUCCGUUGUUGUGAAACUGUUGGCGGCCAUGGGGGGAUUCUUAGUGGCGAUCCUUCUGACUGUCGUCUGUAAAGGGUCGUUAGAGGAGUCCUCCAAACGGAGCUCCAGACUCAAGUGGUCCGUCUACAAGACAGAGGCUCAUAACUACAUCCCAAGAAUAAGUCGGCGCGGUUCCUACGCCUCCUCCUCCAGCAGCCCUGAUGACGUGUACGUCCUGCCGACGGGCGGCAUGUACAUCAAGCGGUACUUCCCGUCCCGCCCGACCAUGUCCGGCUUCCAAGCCACACAGGCAGGCUCCGUACGGGCGCUAUACAGCGAGGUCUUCGCCAGAAACGUACAGUUAAGAUGGAUGAGACCACGACCUAACCCUGAUACUGAGGGAAGGGCGUCAACUUACCAAAACUUCUUCAGGACACCCUCGUCUCUCUCAGACGUUUAACUCCUUAAUUCUGAGCGGUAUAUUGCAAGAACACGCCAAGGUGUCCGUAUUGCCAAAUGUAUAUACCUGUUACACGAUACAAACGUUCUUAUGGUAUACAGCCAAAUGUCAUGUCAUACUAUUCUUAAUACGUGUGCCUAAAACAUAUAUUUUUGGGCAAUUGAUACGUAAAUACGAGUAUUUAGUUAACGUUCCUGUACCUUACUUAUGAUUUGUUUUAAUUUUGUCAGAGUAUAAGCAAAAUAUUUAUGACAUAUACGUAAGUCGUAAUGUAAUUAUGAUGUAAAAAUUAUAUUAGAUGGUGUAUUAUCAUAUGAUAUUUAUUUUUGC